AUGAGCGUCCCCUGCUUCUGGUUGUCCGCUGCCCGAAGCUUCCCGCGUCCCACCGCCGGUCUGCUCUGCUGCCGGCUGCGGGGCCCCAGCUCCGAGACAAGAAGAAAUAUGUCGUCCAAAAGGCAAAUGGACCAUCUAGAGAGAACGGCGAGCAACUCCAGACAAAAUGCUGUGUAUCCAGCUGAGGUAUGUGGCAUCAUAAAUGAGUCUGAGACAGUGAAACGUUUGAGGAUAGCUGUCCAUCCAGACUUCAGCUUCAAAGCAGGGCAGUGGGUGGAUUUCUUCAUCCCCGGUGUGGAGAAGGUGGGAGGUUUCUCCAUGUGCUCCAGCCCGGGUUUGCUGCAGAGGGAAGGCAUCGUUGAACUCGCUGUCAAAUACGCCAAACACCCCCCAGCUCACUGGAUCCACACCGCGGUGAGCAUGUGUACAGUCGGCUCCAGGGUGGCCGUGCGCACAGGUGGAGACUUCUUCUUCGACCCAUCGCCGUCUGACCCCUCCGUGGACCUGCUGCUGGUAGCUGGUGGCGUAGGGAUCAACCCCUUGUACUCCAUCCUCUUGCACACCACAGAUCUGCUGCAUCUGAACCAGGCUUCUGGUGGGCGGGACUACAACAUUGGCUCCGCCCACCUCUGCUACAGCGCCAAGAAUACCCAGGAACUGCUCUUUAAGAGCUCCAUCAUCGAAGCAUGUCGGGAGUUCCCUGACAAGUUCUCGUGUGACUUCAACGUCACGCAACAGAGCACAGAUGUCGACCCGCACCUCCAUCCGUUUCUCAAGCGCGGGAGAAUCACAGAGGAGGAGUUGCGGGCUCACGUGGACCCACAGAGGACUUUGUGUUUCCUGUGCGGACCCCCACCCAUGAUUGAAGCAAUUUCAAAAACCCUCAUGGACUUCGGCCUCACAAAAGACAGAAUCCUCUACGAGAAAUGGUGGUAGAACCUCUUAGAAGUCCUGGAAACCUACAUGCUUGUAUUCCUUGUGCUCUUUUUUUUUUUUUUUUUGCAGUCUUCAGGGGGGAGGAUGUAUGGGGUGCGGUGAGAAUGGAAAGCAACUGUAAUAUUCCAGUGAUAUGAAUAAUACGAGAGCUCAAAUGCUUGAGGAAGUACGCCCUCCGAUCCCUGCUGCUGCAACCUGUGCCUGAUCUGUGAUAGACCGCUGGGACCACCCACCCUUCAGCUAGCAGCUGACUCACAAAGACAAUAGAAGACAAACAAAGAUAUUCUUACAAUCUUAAAAGGACGACUGAGCAGACUUAAAUCUCAACUUUGGCAAGACACCAUUCAGAUCACUGCCUAGCUGAAUAUUGUAACAAAUCAGCAACUCCAGUGUCCCCUUUAUGUGUACAAUGGACACAUUGUGACACAGGUGUUACAUCUUCAGUGUUUUACCCCAAAAUUUCACCUAAAUGUUUACGCACUAAUUUAUCAUGCAAGCCGUGUCUUAAAGCAAUCAUUUUAUAUUUUUGGAAAUGCACUCAUUUGCUUCCUUGCUAAGAGUUAAACGAGAAGGUCAAUACCACACUUGUACAGUACGUGUUGAGUAAAUAUGAAGCCACAGCCAGUAGCUGCUUAACUAAGCUUGGUAUAAAGACUGGAAACAGCUAGCCUGGCUCUAUCCAAAGGGAACAAAAUCUACCUAACAGCAACUUCUUCACCCAUAUAUAAAAAAUAAAAAAAAUGGAAAAACAACACAUGAUUUUAUGGGGGAGUUAUGUGCCGGACUAUUUCUUGUAAUGCUGCAGUGACUUUUCCGGAAAUAGUUUGGCACAUACCCCCUGUAAAACUGCAACUUGUUGUUUUUACACUCUGGUUUUUUUUGUACAGAUGAAACCGCCCCCCUUCCUUUCCAGUUUUUAUGCUAAGCUAACCAGCUACUGGCUUUGGUGUAGUAUUUAUCUUCUCAGCAAGACAGCGACUAAGUGUAUUUCCCAAAACGUAAAACUGUUGCUUUAAAGCCUGUAGGUUAUAGAGGAUGAGCGCAAACAAUAGCAGUCUGUAUAUUUUACACUACACAUGUAGUGUUUUAGUGAAAAGACACAUCAAAAUACCUCUAAUUUGAGAAAAUGUGUUCUUAGAAGUGUUAUACUAUUUGUAUAUACUUAUAAAUAACUAAUAAGAGCUAUUUAUUUGCAGAACUUAAGAUUUUAAAAUUGUUUGGCUGAGUUACAUUGCAGGGAUUGUAGAGUCAAAAACCUAACAAUCUCCCACAUAUUGACUGACUGUUUUACUCACUCACACACCGUUACAUGCAUACAGUGUCUAUCUCACAUACACUUCUACUCAAUCACGCACAUCCACAUACCCAUAAACAGUUUCUCAUCCCGGGGUGGAGUGAGUAUCCCAUGGUGCACUGUAAUGGAACCUCCAGGUGGUCUCUGAUUGGCUUGGAUCACUGAGCAUCCCUCGGAGAUGGUUGCAAGCUUCUUGUUGUCGUCUCCCAGUGGGGGGUUGCGCUGUUGAGACUCAUUUUCGAGUUGUUUCUGCGUUUCUUCCUCAUAUGAGGAAAACCGUUUAUGCUGGUAACGUGAGAUUUAAAGGAAAUAAAGGAAAUUGACUCAA